UCACUAGUCGUUCUGUGGAUGAAGGCGAAUGGGAGCUGGAGGAUAGCAGUCUGCAUAUUCAUUUUUUUCACCAGGAUUUAUGUUCAUCUGUGCAACAAUUAAUGGAUUAUGCGAAAGACAUUUAGAGCAGCCCCUGGAUUGGGUUACGAUAAGCUCAGUGUGUAUCAUAAUAUGAUUUAAUUUUGUGUUUAACAGACCGGUGUUAUAUUAUUAAGAUAGUAAUCUAAGACUAGGACGUUAUUUACAUCAAGUCCCUCCGCAGAAUGAACGUGGAUGAAGAUAACCGAGUGCCUGAAGAUCUCUCACUUGAAGAGAGAGAUGAACUGUCCAACAUUAGAUGGAGGAAAAAAGAGCUACUAGAUGACAUUGAGCGGUUAAAGUUUGAGAUCUCGGAAGUCAUGACAGAGAUCGAACAUUUAACGUGUGUCAGAGAGACAAAAAGCACGCAGAGGAACAAGCAGAUUGCUGUCGGAAGAAAGAAAUUCAAUAUGGAUCCUAAAAAGGGAAUCCAAUUUCUUUUGGAGAAUGAUCUUCUGCAGCACACACCUGAGGACAUCGCACAGUUUCUCUAUAAAGGCGAAGGCUUAAACAAAACUGUCAUAGGAGAUUAUUUAGGGGAACGAGAUGACUUCAACAUUAAAGUUUUGCAGGCCUUUGUGGAGCUUCAUGAGUUUGCUGAUCUCAACCUGGUGCAAGCAUUGAGACAGUUUUUGUGGAGUUUCAGACUUCCUGGUGAAGCACAGAAAAUUGAUCGAAUGAUGGAGGCCUUUGCUACUCGAUAUUGCCAGUGUAACCCAGGUGUCUUUCAGUCCACAGACACGUGCUAUGUUCUCUCAUUCUCCGUCAUCAUGCUCAACACCAGCUUGCACAACCCUAAUGUCAGAGACAAGCCCACGGUGGAAAGGUUCAUAACCAUGAAUCGGGGCAUCAACGAGGGAGGAGAUCUGCCUGAGGAGCUGCUCAGAAAUUUAUAUGAAAGCAUUAAGAAUGAGCCUUUCAAAAUUCCUGAAGACGAUGGGAAUGAUCUAACUCACACAUUCUUUAAUCCGGACAGAGAGGGAUGGCUGCUAAAACUAGGGGGAAGAGUAAAGACCUGGAAGAGGAGGUGGUUCAUUUUGACAGAUAACUGUCUGUAUUACUUUGAAUAUACAACAGACAAAGAGCCUCGGGGGAUCAUUCCACUGGAGAAUCUUAGUAUAAGAGAGGUGGAGGAACCAAGAAAACCAAAUUGCUUUGAGCUCUACAACCCCAGUCAUAAGGGACAGGUAAUUAAGGCAUGCAAGACGGAGUCUGAUGGGAAGGUGGUGGAGGGGAAUCACGUGGUUUACAGAAUAUCCGCACCCACGCCAGAGGAGAAAGAAGAGUGGAUCAAAUCCAUCAAGGCAAGCAUUAGCAGGGAUCCUUUCUACGACAUGUUGGCUACUAGGAAACGGCGAGUGGCCACUAAAAAGUGAGCCAUAGACCUUUCGAGUUCGGCCUUAAUAAUCACUCUUUAAGUGGAAACCUUCACAUGAGGAUGUUGCAAGAGGCGACAAACAGAGAC